AUGCCAGAGGCGCUGCCCAGCGGCCACUUUCUCUUUGCCUCUGAGGCAACGACAGAAGGACAUUUCGACAAAGUUUGCGAUCGAAUUGCCGAUGCGGUGUUGGACACCUGUCUUUCUCAGGAUGCUGAGAGCCGAGUGCUCUGCGAAGCAUGUGCCAAGUCUGGAAUGGUGAUGAUCCUCGGGGAGGUGGUGAGCAAAGCCAGCAUACAGUACGAGCAGGUGAUCCGAGAAGCUGUCAAGGCUGUUGGCUAUGACAGUGAUGAGAAGGGUUUGGAUUGGAGGACGAUGAACAUCAUUGUGGCGGUCGAGGAUCAGGGCCCGGAUAUCGCAGCUUCCUUGGGAAGCCAGCGGCCAAAGCUGGCAGAUGACCAGGCCGUAGCUGUUGGGUACGCCACAGAUGAGACCGAGGAAGCCAUGCCGCUGUCUCAUGCCCUGGCCACUCAGAUGUGCGCACAGAUGGAUCGGCUGAGGCGAGAUGGCGUUUUCACGUGGCUUCGUCCAGAUACUCGUGUCCAGGUGACGGUGGAGUACAAGACGGACUCCGAUGGUGCGCUGCUUCCUCAGCGGGUGCACAGCAUCUCCGUCAUCUACGGCAUUUUAGCAGAGGUAAAGCCUGCAGCUGCAGAGAAGGAUUUCAUGGAGCAGGUUGUGAAGCCUGUCGUUCCUGAGCGAUUUCUUGACAGCCCGGGACCCUACAUUUGCUAA